UGCCCGCGGUCCUGCCAGAUGACUCGGUGCCCGCGAUGACUCGGUGCCCGCUGUCCUGCCAGAUGACUCGGUGCCCGCUGUCGUGCCAGAUGACUCGGUGCCCGCUGUCGUGCCAGAUGACUCGGUGCCCGCUGUCGUGCCAGAUGACUCGGUGCCCGCUGUCGAGCUUGAUGACUCGGUGCCCGCUGUCCUGCCAGAUGACUCGGUGCCCGCUGUCCUGCCAGAUGACUCGGUGCCCGCUGUCGUGCCAGAUGACUCGGUGCCCGCUGUCGUGCCAGAUGACUCGGUGCCCGCUGUCGAGCUUGGUGACUCGGUGCCCGCUGUCCUGCCAGAUGACUCGGUGCCCGCUGUCGUGCCAGAUGACUCGGUGCCCGCUGUCGUGCCAGAUGACUCGGUGCCCGCUGUCGUGCCAGAUGACUCGGUGCCCGCUGUCGAGCUUGGUGACUCGGUGCCCGCUGUCCUGCCAGAUGACUCGGUGCCCGCUGUCGUGCCAGAUGACUCGGUGCCCGCUGUCGUGCCAGAUGACUCGGUGCCCGCUGUCGUGCCAGAUGACUCGGUGCCCGCUGUCGAGCUUGGUGACUCGGUGCCCGCUGUCCUGCCAGAUGACUCGGUUGCCGCUGUCGAGCUUGGUGACUCGGUGCCCGCCGUCGUGCCAGAUGACUCGGUGCCCGCCGUCGUGCCAGAUGACUCAGUGCCCGCUG